CUGCUCCCGCCUCGGAGCCCCUGGCCCGGGGGAGGGGGAGAGGCCGCUAGCCCGUUCUAUGUCUUUUUCUGACUCCAGUGCAACCUUCCUGCUGAACGAGGGUUCAGCAGACUCCUACACCAGCCGCCCAUCUCUGGACUCAGACGUUUCCCUGGAGGAGGACCGGGAGAGUGCCCGGCGUGAAGUGGAGAGCCAGGCUCAGCAGCAGCUCGAAAGGGCCAAGCACAAACCUGUGGCAUUUGCUGUGAGGACCAAUGUCAGCUACUGUGGCGUACUGGACGAGGAGUGCCCAGUCCAGGGCUCUGGAGUCAACUUCGAGGCCAAAGAUUUUCUGCACAUUAAAGAGAAGUACAGCAAUGACUGGUGGAUCGGGCGCCUAGUGAAGGAGGGCGGGGACAUCGCCUUCAUCCCCAGCCCCCAGCGCCUGGAGAGCAUCCGGCUCAAACAGGAGCAGAAGGCCAGGAGAUCCGGGAACCCCUCCAGCCUGAGUGACAUAGGCAACCGGCGCUCCCCUCCUCCAUCUCUAGCAAAGCAGAAGCAAAAGCAGGCGGAACAUGUGCCCCCAUAUGAUGUGGUGCCCUCCAUGCGGCCUGUGGUGCUGGUGGGACCCUCUCUGAAAGGUUAUGAGGUCACAGACAUGAUGCAGAAGGCUCUAUUCGACUUCCUCAAACAUAGGUUUGAUGGCAGGAUCUCCAUCACGCGCGUCACAGCUGACCUCUCACUUGCAAAGCGAUCUGUGCUCAACAAUCCCGGCAAGAGAACCAUCAUUGAGAGGUCCUCUGCUCGCUCCAGCAUUGCUGAAGUACAGAGUGAGAUCGAGCGCAUAUUCGAGCUGGCCAAAUCCCUGCAGCUAGUAGUGUUGGAUGCUGACACCAUCAACCACCCAGCGCAGCUGGCCAAGACCUCACUGGCCCCCAUCAUCGUCUUCGUCAAGGUGUCCUCACCGAAGGUCCUCCAGCGUCUCAUCCGCUCCCGGGGGAAGUCACAGAUGAAGCACCUGACUGUACAGAUGAUGGCGUAUGAUAAACUGGUUCAGUGCCCACCAGAGUCAUUUGAUGUGAUUCUCGAUGAGAACCAGCUGGAGGAUGCCUGUGAGCACCUGGCUGAGUACCUAGAAGUUUACUGGAGGGCCACCCACCACCCAGCCCCCGGCCCUGGACUGGGCCCUCCCAGCACCAUCACCGGACUUCAGAACCAACAGCUGCUGGGGGAGCGUGGCGAGGAGCACUCACCCCUGGAGCGGGACAGCUUGAUGCCCUCAGAUGAGGCCAGCGAGAGCUCCCGCCAAGCCUGGACAGGAUCUUCACAGCGUAGCUCCCGUCAGCUGGAGGAGGACUAUGCAGAUGCCUACCAGGACCUGUACCAGCCUCACCGCCAACACACCUCGGGGCUGCCUAGUACUAAUGGGCAUGACCCCCAAGACCGGCUCCUAGCCCAGGACUCGGAGCACAACCACAAUGACCGGAACUGGCAGCGCAACCGGCCUUGGCCCAAAGAUAGCUACUGACAGCCUCCUGCUGCCCUGCCCUGGCAGGCACAGGCCCAGCUGGCUGGGGCACCCACUCCAGGCAGGUUGGAGUUAGACUGGCGUUAGGCUGGCGCUAGGCUCAGCCCCCACAACCCUCUGCCCAGCCCCAGCUCCAGGGCUGCCUGUGGUCCCAAGGUUCUGGGAGAAGCACGGGGCACCCUCACCUCCUGGUCACAGUGACCCCCUAGGCUCCCACUGCAGGUACUAGCUGUGUGUUCUGCACCCCUGGCACCUUCCUCUCCUCCUGCACAAGAAGCUGCCCCACUGGGUAGUACCCUCAGGCCAAGACCCCCUUAAUAGGGGCCUUCCCACUAGACUCAGGGAAGGGAUGCUCCCCCAAAGUGACAAGAGGGUGGGGGUGUGGGUAACAUAACAUGAGGAAGAAACAAGGUCCCUGAGUGGGCACAAGUCCUAACAUUCUAGGGACUCAGGGGUGGUGCUUUGGAGUCCAAGGGCCUCCACUCGUCUCACUGCCACGCAUUAGAAAUGAGACAAUCAAAGCCCAACAGGCUGGCACUCUCAUCCGUCAGCUGGGGUGGGGCAUCCAUGUACAAGACUGGAGCAGCAGGCGGGCUAGACUGGGACCAGAGAAAGAUUUCACAGCUGAAGGAGGCUCCUGGAGGAAAGCACAGGCUUCUCCUGCAAAGAAGCUUCUUAACAUCUGACAAUACCAGGGACCAGGAGCAUGGUCAAGCCAAAUGGCAGAGGGGAACCAACCUGAAUUAGGGGUCUGGGAAGGGAGGGUGUGUGCAGCAGAGGAUGGAUGGAACAGCUUCGGGGGCCUCCUUGCCUUUUCUUUCUUUGCCCUUGCAUCUUGUCAUUUCUGUUCUUGUCCCUCAUGCCUCCUGGGAGAUAUGGGCUCCAGACUUUGUUCCCUGACUCACAGCUGCUGGUUAGGUUAGGGUUAGAUGGGGAGAGAUAGGAUCCAGCAGACAGCCCCCAGAGGCCCUGUGUACCUGGCUACCCUUGCCUUAAGGCUCUAGUGUGACUUCCAGAGCAUGCUCCACAAGACCCUGCCCCACCUCACUGUCAUCACUAAUAAACACCAUGCACAGUC